AUGCAGACUGUCUUCAAAGUCGUCCUGUCGGACUCUUCAGGCCGUCCGAAAGAAAAGACGUUCCAGUCUCGCAGAACACACAAGAAGUCGCGAACAGGCUGCGUGUACUGCAAGCAAAGGCGGAUACGAUGCGACGAGGACCGACCAAGCUGCGGCAAAUGCAGCAAGAACGGCUUAGCAUGCAUCUAUCCCCUGCAGCAGGGCGCAUCGCCGGAUCUGCAGUCCGACGAGGGGUACAGUGUAGCUUCCCCUACCAUGAACGUCUACACCAUGGCUGUUGAUACCGCGGUCGGGGAUUUGGGUGAGAUAUUCGGGUUAUCACUAUCCUCUGGCAAAUCGACGUCCAUUGGCACUCUACGCAUUCUCCAGCACUUCCAAAACCAUACCGCUGCGACCUUGGGCCAGGUGCAGUCGAGCGCGGUGUUCCAUUCCAUCGUCGCCCGCAAGGCCUGGGAGCAUCCCUAUCUGAUGCAUAUGUGUCUAGCGGUGUCUGCCGCACAUCUGAAACGACUGCACACCUCUGCCUCUCAUGCCGUGCUUUCGGAGCAGUUCUCCACCGCCGAAGUUGUACAUUGGCAAAAAGGGCUGCAGCUCUACCGCCAAGCACUGGACAGCUACUCAUCCGACUCCAUCAAGCCGGAUUUCGACGCAACCGUCGCUGCUGCGUUCCUCUCUAUCAUCUUCACUUUUGCCCUCGAAGACGACCUACCGCUCGAUGCGUACACGGGUCAAGAUGACGAGACGUUCCAGCAAGCCAUCAAUCCGCUCGCGGCCACGGGUGGCUUCAAAGCGGUGACGAAGCUCUUUCCCGCAGCGCUGUCAGAGUCGGCGUGGAUGGCUGUCAUCCUGGCUAGCGAUGAUCGGAAGAGGUCGUUCAGCGAUAGUCGCCAAGCCGGAGUCGAUGGGCUACCUCCCGCAUUCGUCGACCUGUGCGAGCUGCGCGAGAAUUCUAAUUGCAGCAAUAACGACUACUACCAUCUGGUCCGCCUGCUCACCCCGCUGCUACGCCUCGACGGCAAGAUCUGCAAUUUCUGCAAAUACAUGGCUUUCGGCGGGCGAGUGUGGGUGGAGAUCCGCCCGCUAUUCCUGCAAAAGGAUCCGAGGACUUUGCUGCUCGUGUCUUACUGGUUUGCGCUUCUCGGACGCCUGGAUCAGUGGUGGAUGACGCGGCGCGCGAGGGCGGAGUGCAUGGCGAUUGUGCAUUAUCUAUUCUUGCUGCAGGAUCCCAAGAUCACGCCGCUGCUUUCUUUUCCUGCCACGUUUGGGCAGGUUGAUUUGGGAUACCUGUGGGAUUACCGUACUUGA